UAUUCCCAUGUAAGGAAAAAAGAGCGCGAGCGAGUAUGCAAUUGUGUAUAGUAUAAGUAUAACCCGUACACAAAACACAACUCACAUCUUCACAUUAUAUUGCUCUCAAAAAUAACAUUAAACACAACUCAAAAACUUUCAUAAUUCUUUGAAGCUUCUGAAUUGCAAUGGAAGACCGCCAACUUAGUCAAGAAUCUGGAACCGUCCCUUCUUUUUAUCCUUCUCAGCAACAUCCAACCAAUCCACAGCCUAAUAGCCAAACUGGUGAACGUCCUGGGUCAUAUCUGCAGCUUCUAAAUAAUCUGCAGUUAAAUAGCAAAUCUGGUGAGCAUCCUGGGUCUUAUCUGCAACCUCUAAGUAAUCUGCAGUUAAAUAGCCAAUCUGGUGAACAUCUUGGGCCUGAUGUGCAACCCCGAAGAAAUCUGCAGGCUAUUAGCCAAACUGAUGAAUAUCUUGACUCUCAUCUGCAACAUCCAAGUAAUCUGCUGUUUAAUAGCCGAACUGGUGAACGUCUUGGGCCUAAUAUGCAACCGCAAACAAAUCUGCUGCCUAAUAACCAAUCUGAGGAACAUCUUAGAUCUGUAUUUCAGUUGUUUCCUCGUUACAUUCAACCAAAUCAACCAGAAACAAGUACACAGAAACAACAGAGGCUUCAGCAAUCUGAUCAUAUGAUUCCUGGUAUUGGCAGUCAGCUGGGAUCUGCAAAUCUUCAUUCUGCCGUACAAUGGAAUCCCCUUGCUUCAAGUUAUGAACUGCAGCAAAGUGCACCACAACCAGUGACAAAUUUCCCACCUACUUCAUUUUGGUCAUCUCAAGGAGGAUAUGUAGACCCAUCCAUUUGGAAUAAUCAACUGUAUUAUGAUCUGAUAAGAAAACAGGCAGAGAUACAUGACCAGUCUGGGAGUCUUAAUCAAUCUAAUAACCCCCUGCAAUCUGAAUUAUUGAUGUCUUGCGUAAUUGGCAUUAGUUCGCUGGCGGCAGGGUUAAAUGAUCUGAAGCAAUCACAGAGACAAAUUGAUGGCUGCAAAAGUCACAUUAGAAGGCUGGAUGCAGAAUUAGAUAAGCUGAAGAAGCAAUCACAGGGACACUUGGAUCACUACGCAAGUCACAUUUCAAGGCUGAAGGAAGAAUUAAUUAAUCUGAAGCAAUCACAGGAACAAAUGGCAAAUGACAUACGCCAUAUUUCUGCAGGGAAGGCAUCAGAAAAGAAUACAUCAGGAAAGUCUAUUCCUUCAGAUGAUACUUUGCCUUCUACUGGUAAACUUAAUUUUCAUCUGGGAGGCGGAAGUGCUUCUUCUAACAAUUUCCUCGCAAGAGCUUUUCAAGAUGGUGUAAAAAUAAGUGAUUCUUACAAGCAGGAUGAACGGAAUCCGCUGGUUCAAAGUGGUAGUGAUCUUUGUUCAAGCUCAGGAGUCAAGAUCAAAGCUGGUGAACAGUCCAAGGGACCGGUGAAUAUGGCUGCAAGGGAAGGGUUAUCUGCUACUAAUAUACACAGAGAUGAGUUUAUACAAGGUGAGAAGAAGAAUGAUGGCAACACUCGGGGAUUUCCCAGUAAGUGAUCGAAUUUCAGGUGAUGAUGAUCUUGAGGCAUUCUUGGCUGAUCAUAUUCACAUCGUAGAACCUUAAUCUCUUUUGACUGUGUAGCCUUUUUCUAUUUUGUAGCUGAAUUUUUUACUGUCUCUAGCAGAAUUCUUAGUGUUCUAAUAUUACCAUUUGCAGCAGGCUUAAGUGUAUAGGAAAGUAAGAGGUACAACAGGAAUUUUAUAGCAUGCACUUAGGGAUGGCAAUUUAAUCCGAGUUCGAUUCGAAUUCGAUCCGAUCCGAAGGAAAAAAUCCGAUUCGAAUCCGUUUAAAAUUAAUCCGAAUCCGAUAAAAUAGAUCCGAAUUCGAAUAGGAGGUGGAUCGGACUUGGACCCUACGCAAAGUCCGACGGAGUCCGAAUCUAAGAGUACAAGCAUAUGCUCUAUA